AUGCUAGCACCGGGCAUCAGAGUCGCCCGCGGUCCCGACUGGAUCUGGCACGAGCAAGAUGACGGCGAAGGACACGUCGGGACAUUGUGCGAAAUAGGACGCUCCGGGUCAACGCAUUCGCCGGACAAAACGGUCGUCGUGAACUGGGAUUCUGGUCACCGGACCAACUAUCGCGUUGGCUACCACAAGCAGUACGAUCUGAUUGUGAUCGAUAACGCACAGAUUGGCGUCAAGCAUCCGAACAUCAUCUGUGACGGUUGCAACAAGGCAGGCAUCGCCGGUAUCCGUUUCCGGUGUGCGGAUUGUCCGUAUUACGACCUUUGCGCCACCUGCUACGGUAACGACGUCCACGACCUCGAACAUCCCUUCAUCCGCUUUCAGACCGCUAACUCUGUUGGCAUUCGUCUGCCACCACGGAAAGGCUCAACCAAGGUUCAACUGAAAGGCAUCUUCGUUGGUGCGAAAGUAACACGCGGUGCCGACUGGGAAUGGAAUAAUCAGGACGGUGGUCCAGGCAAAACGGGUCGUGUUAUGGAAAUUCGCGGCUGGGACAACGAAUCCUGUCGCAGUGUGGCGAGUGUGGCCUGGGCUUCCGGCUCAACGAACGUGUACCGGCUCGGACAUAAAGGGAACGUGGAUCUGCGCUACGUACAGCCGUCGCUUGGAGGAUAUUACUACAAGGAUCACAUGCCAGUAUUAGGACAACCAGAGGAACAGCAACCGGUGUCGCCGUCGGUGCGUUCGCAUUUUUACGUCGGCGACCGGGUUCAGGUGGCCAUUUCGGAGGAACGCCUGAAAACGCUCCAGCAAGGCCAUGGCGGAUGGAAUCCACGCAUGGCUGAAUACCUCCCGAAGGUCGGCAUCGUUCACCGGAUCACGGAUAAAGGAGACAUCCGGGUGCAGUACGAAGGCUGUGCCAAUCGGUGGACCUUCCACCCGGCGGCUUUGGUCAAAAUCUUCAGCUUCAACCUCGGUGACAUCGUCACGUUCAUCGCGGACGCGGCUAAAAUGCAACAACUGCAGAAAGGCCACGGCGAGUGGAUCGAAACGAUGCACAACGUGCUCGGAAAGUCGGGUAAAGUCAUCAAGAUCUACAGUGACGGAGAUCUGCGCGUCCAACAGCUCGAUGAGGACAUGGCGUGGACAGUAAAUCCGAAGUGCAUCAAGCUAGAGCUCUCGUCGGUGUCUCACGCGGCUGCCACUGAACGAUCAAACAGUAUGUUAGCCCUGAGUAAUCAGCGCACGAGCGAACACCUAAUGACGCCGCUAUCUGGACUUUCCGGAAGCUCACUGGCCGAUCGGUUAGUGCGCGAGGCGGCCCAAGGCAAUCUCGACUACGUGCAGAACUACCUUGGAAUACAUCCGGAAGCGGUGGAUUGUGUGAGCGGUGGCAAGACCUGCCUGCAAGUCGCCGCCCACCAAGGACACGUGGAGCUAGUGAAGUAUCUGCUCCAGCACGGCGCAAACGUGAACGUGGUGGACAAAGAGGGCGAUUCAACGUUGCACUACGCCUCGUUCGGCAACCAGCCGGAAAUUAUGCGCGUACUGCUGCAGCACAACGCCAGCAUCGACGAGCUCAACUCAUCGCACUGCUCAGCACUGCACAUCUCAGCGCACAAGAAACCGCCACAUUGUGUCAAGCUGCUGCUCGAGUUUGGUGCGAAUGUGAACGUACAGGAUGCGUACGGUGAUACGGCUCUGCACGACGCGAUCGGCAAGGAGAACACCGAGGUGGUUGAGUUGUUGUGUGGUUGUCCAACGCUGGAUCUUACCAUCCGGAACAAUCGUGGGUUUAAUGCGCUACACCACGCUUCGCUUAAGGGGAACGUUCACGCCGCCCGGAACAUCAUCCGGCUUGCACGUCAGCUCGUGAAUGUGCGCAAGGACGAUGGUUUCUCGGCGCUACACCUAGCCGCGUUGAAUGGACACGCGCGCGUUGUCGAGGUGCUGGUGAAAGAGGGCCAGGCCGACAUUAACAUCCGCAACAAUCGCAGUCAGACACCGUUCCUGUUGGCGGUAUCACAAGGCCACACAGCCGCCAUCGAGAAGCUGGUUGAUCUCGGAUGUGACAUCCGAGCAAGGGACGAAGACGGCGAUAACGCGAUGCACUUGUGCAUCAUCAAGAAGGCGAACCUGGUGCAGGAUGUUUCUCCGACGGAUGCGCCCAAGAUCCACGACAUCUUCCAAUCGCUGGCCGGGUUCGUGAGCGAACACCAGCUGAUGUACGCACUCUUGUGCUUCCUUGCCAGUGAGGGUUGCCCGUUGGACGUAAACCACAAAGGUGCACGAGUGCUCGACUGGAUCCAGAGUCCUCAGAUCAAGGAGAUCAUUGUCGAGUACGAACGGACGCGGCUGGCGAGGGAAGCGGCCGCUGCUGCCGCUCCGAAUGGCCCCGUUAUCUCAGUCAGCUAUCCAGCGACCAGUGGAACCUCAUCCCGCAACCUGCCCAACAUCGAGGAAGACGCCCAGCAGCAACUGCUGUGCAAUUUCGAAGCCAUGGGCAUUUCAACUCCGGCCGCAGAAUCUACGACGGCACGUGUGGAGAAGCUAAACGACACCACCGUCGGAAUCGCUCCACUGGCACUCGAGAAUGGGUUGGCGGGAGUAAGCGGUUUACAGCAACCUGCCGGUCCGAGCAAUCCUCCAACACCAGCUCGACGCAAUCGUGGCCACGCAGCACGCGAUCCUUCGUCUUCUGGAGCACUCGUCACACCACCGGCCGUACUUGGUGCCGGUGGACACAGCGACGAAUCCGAGACACCAAACCUGCACCAUCUGCACCUAACGGCAGCCGGCGGAUCCUCGUCAUCAGCCAGCGAUAGUGUCAGUGCCAUCACCAAUGGUAACAUCGCGAUUGUAGAUAGCCCCGCUCGGUACAAGUCACCUAACAGAGCCUUAUCGCCGGCUGGCGAGCCCCUGCCUGCCGCACCUACGCCACCCCCGCACGGUUCGUCUUCGGCAUCCUCGGGCGGUUCCGGCUGUUCCGGACCGGCCGUUGGUCCCUCGGCGAAGCAUAUCAGCCGACGGCAGUUCGUGCUGGACAAGAACGCGCCACCCACGCCAUCGUCCUCUAAUCCUUCCUCGUCAUCCUCCUGCUCAGCUAGUCCGGCGUCGUCAGCCGUGGUGCCCCCGGUACCGCCCCCGACACCCGCUAACGCGGCCAACCACCUGCACCACCUGCAGGUGAUGCCACCGUCCGACGUGCCGCGUGAAUGCAUUGUGUGCAACGAAACCCUGCAACUGAUCGUGUUCGAUCCGUGCCAGCACCAGAUCGCCUGCGAGGAGUGCGGGUUACGCAUGAAAAAGUGUCUAACCUGCGGUAUGCACAUCGAUCGUCGGAAAACGGCCGCCGGAUGGCCACUGCAGUGCUCGAAAGAAGGCCGUCAACCAUCCGCCGAUCGGUUGCGGUACCUCGAGAGCAAGAUCAUGGAGAUCGAGGAGACGCACUGCUGCAGCAUCUGUAUGGAGCGCCGGCGCAACGUGGCGUUCCUGUGCGGGCACAGCUCCUGCUCGAAGUGCGCCGAAACGCUCAAGAUCUGCCACAUGUGCCGGAAGCCGAUCACGAAGAAGAUCAACCUGUACUAA